CCGGCCCUGCUUCAUCAUUAAUUGCCUUUCCUUUCUUUUCCCACUCCUCUGGAUACAUUGGGUCAUGUUGUACUUAACUUUCUGCUGAGAGAACUAUUAAGAACGAGUGAGGUGCAUCUUGUGAGCUAUUUUGCCGCCUCCAGGAAGAACACAGCCUACUGCUAUGAUUGAUCUGCUCUGGGCUUUUGAUCUCGUUCCUGAACAAGGUUUUCAAGGGAAAAAAAACAAUCUGAACUGCAGCUGGAGAGAAGCAGCUGAGAAGACAAGCGAAACAUUGCUGUCCAGAGCUGUUGGUGUCUCUCCACUGUCUUUGCUGUUCCAGGCAGGGGACAGAGAGGUGGCUGGAGACUGUCCAGGAGCCUAGAGUUCCAAGGUCUUUCUUUCUAAAAGAAUUCUGAAAAUCUGGGGUUCCAAUGUGGGUAUUUCUUGAAGUAUAGCAAGCCUUCUGUUUAGCUGAGCCGGUGGAUGGGAGAAUAGGUUCCGUGAGGGCAUUUCACAUCUCCAGGGGAACUCUGCACUUCUCUUGCCCAUGUCUUAUUGAUUUUGGGGAUUGGUAAAGGAAUGGAGGAAGAUUCGUGAUGCUCUUAAAUGAUUGUUCCUCAGACUUGAUAAAAUGGAUCAAAAUCAUUUUCAUUCUGGCCUUGGUGUUUACGCUUUAUUAUGAAACUACUUGUGCAUUUUCAAAAGAAGUCCGUCGUAAGCCUGACUGUGAAAUGUACAAAAAAGUCCCAAAUAAGUGUACCAGGGAGAAGAAUCCAGUUUGUGGAACUAAUGGACAUACUUACAGCAAUGAAUGUGUUUUCUGCAAUGCCAAGAUAUCUGCUAAAGAUAAAUUUGAUUAUCUGCAUCAUGGUCCUUGUUGAAUUUUGUAUGGGUUACACAUACAUCAUCCUUUUCCAAUAGUGGAUCCUGCAAUCAAGUAAAAUUUUCUCAAUUGGUGCUUCAGAUUCCUAGCAACAAAUGAAGUGUUCCGUGGUUCAUAGAGUGGAAUAUAGGAUAUUAAAGAAUUUCUCCAACCUGUGAUUGAAGGAUUUUAUUUCAGUUAUUUGACGAUAGUGUUAAAAAUGUUAUCUUAAUUUUGUGUUUGAUAAUAUUCAG